AUGUUUCCCCAUCUUCUCCUCCUCCUCCUGGCAGCAAAAGCCAACGCGCAGAAGUACUGGUUCAGCUUCGGCGACUCGUACACCCAAACUGGCUUCGUUACCAAUGGGACGGAGCCAGCUGUAGGUAACCCGCUCGGAAAUCCUCCGUACCCAGGAUACACAGCGACCGGAGGCCAGAACUGGGUGGACUACGUCACGACGGUGGAUAACACCUCUCUUGUCCUGACAUACAACUUGGCGUACGGAGGUGCCACGAUUUCUGCUGAGUUGGUCACGCCUUACGAGCCCACCGUCUUGUCGCUCACGGACCAGGUCAACGAGUUUCUGGAUAGCUAUGCCUUUAUGAGGGAACCACUGUGGGAGAGCGCGGACACGCUGUUUUCGGUUUGGAUAGGAAUUAAUGAUAUUGGGAAUAGUUAUUACCUUGGAGGUGAUCGGGACGCGUAUGCAGACUUCUUCUGCGAUGUUGGAGCGAGGAACUUUUUAUUCGUAAAUGUCCCGCCAAUCGAUCGUUCACCCUUGAUGCUCGCUCAAUCGACAUCAGCGCAAGCUCUGGAAAAGUCUGUGAUCGAGGGCUUCAAUAGCAAGCUUACGGUUCGUGUGGCUUCUCUGAAAGCUAACCAUAGCGAUGUUACGACCUGGAUCUGGGACUCGAACGCUGCGUUUACGGCGAUUUUGGAUGAUCCCACUUGCUAUGGUUUCGAAGAUGCGACGACCUAUGGAGAUGCGCCAGAUAUCUUUUGGGGCAAUAAUUACCAUCCGUCAAGUUACGCGCACGCCUAUUUCGGUCAAGACGUAGCAGCUGUUCUUGGAGGAUUCAUUUAAAGGGAAAACUGGUCAGAUUGGUAUCAUUUGUGCAUGAAAUGAAACAACGUUAGGGGCCCGGGAACGCGCUUGUGGCGUGUGGAUUUGAGGGUUUUGCCGCCGUGAUCUCUUUCCUUUGCUUUUGCCACGACAACAGUGCUCACUCUCAGCCGUUCUUUUUUUGUAUAAAGCAAUUGCUGAGAUUUACUUGAAGAGCAAGAGGGUGAACCACAGGGAUAUCUUGCUCGUUGUCGUAGAGGGCGUGAUACGAAAUCGCUAUCAGUAUAAAUGCACAUGGAACUGAAGGAGAACUUUCAGCUAUACCUGCAGUCUGUCUCGACGUGGACGGUCUCAACAAUUCUGCGCUCAUCAUCAGUCGAUAUGCUCACUCUGAGCCAGCUGGAAUAUCCAGCAGCCAAAGAGGAUGCAGAUACCG